UUUCUAAAGUGAGUUGUUGUUUCACACACAGAAGGUAUCGCGCUUAUUACUAAGGCCAAAGAUGGAGACGUUUACAGGCCGAGUGAAGCCUACGGCAGCCGCGGAGGACAUGGACGAGGACAUGGAGGAGGACAUGGAGGAGGACUUCCAUCAAGACAUCGCCAGGUCCUCGUUCGCAGACAUGCUGCACGACUGUGACAGGAAUAACAAGUACUACCAAGGCAUCCGGGCUGCUGUAGCCCGGGUGAAGGCGCGUGGAGAGCCGGUCAUUGUGCUGGACAUUGGGACUGGGACUGGACUGUUGUCUAUGAUGGCUGUGACCGCGGGAGCGGACUUCUGCUACGCUGUGGAGAUGUUCAAACCUAUGGCCCAGGCGGCGCGCUGCAUCGUGGAGAAGAAUGGAUUUUCCAACAAAAUCAAGAUCAUCAAUAAACACUCCACAGAUGUCACAGUGGGGCCAGAGGGAGACAUGCAGAGCAGAGCCAAUGUCCUCCUCACGGAGCUGUUUGACACAGAGUUGAUCGGAGAGGGAGCUCUGCCCAGCUACGAGCACGCGCACGUGCACCUGAUGCAGACGGGCUGUGAAGCCGUGCCCCACAGAGCCCGCGUGUACGCGCAGCUCGUGCAGUCUGAGGAGCUGUGGAGCUGGGCUCACCUUCACCCUGUGAAUGUGGGCUCCUCCAGGCUGCUGCCCUACCCCGCCCUGACCCGCUGUGCUGGCUCUCAUGCAGUGUGUGACAUCCAGCUGAGUCAGUUGCCCUCCCACAGCUUCACUGCUCUGAGCCCGCGUCUCACCAUGUUCUCGGUGGACUUCAGUAAACCCGUGAGCAGCAAACCCCAGACCUACAGCUGCAAGUUUGAGGCCCUGUGCAGUGGACAGGCUCAGGUGGUUCUGUCCUGGUGGGACAUUACCAUGGACCCUAGUGACAGCAUCGUAUGCAGCAUGGCCCCCAGCUGGACCUAUGAGGACCCUUGCGCUGCCCCCUGGAGGGACCACUGGAUGCAGAGUGUGUACUUCCUGUCAGAGCAGAGCUCUGUGACCAAAGGAGAGGAGCUGUGUGUGAGUGUGAGCCAUGAUGACUACAGUCUGUGGUACAGCCUCUGCAGACAGAGCAGUCACACCUGUGCAGAGGUGCCCCAGCCCAGCUGCUCCUGUCUGGCACACCUGGUGUGGAACCGGCCUCGCUUUGGAGAGCUCAAUGACCAGAGGCGCACACAGAGCUAUGUCCAGGCCCUGUGUGAGGUGCUUCAGGAGGACAGUGUUUGUCUGAGUGUGAGUGAUGGCAGUCUGCUCCCUUUGUUUGCCCAUCUACUCGGAGCUAAGAAGGUGUUCAGUGUGGAGAGCUUCAGGAUGAACAGGCAGGUCAUUGAGCAGGUGCUAGAGGCCAAUCAGCUGACAGGAUGUGUGGAGCUGUUGGGAGGGCAUCCAGAGCACCUGAGCAGUGAAGAGAUCCAAGGGCUGCAGGUGUCUGUGCUGAUGGGAGAGCCAUACUUCAGCAGCAGUCUCCUGCCCUGGCACUCUCUGUACUUCUGGUACUGCCGCACUGCCCUGGCAGCCGUCCUCCGGCCUGAUGCAGUGGUCCUUCCCUGCGCCGCUUCUCUGCACAUGGUGGCUGUGGAGUUUAAGGACUUAUGGAAGAUCAGGGCACCCUGUGGGAUGUGUGAGGGCUUUGAUGUAAGCCCCAUGGACCAGAUGAUCCAGAGGUCUCUGGAGUUCCGUGAGUCCAGAGAGGCCGAGCCCCACUCUCUGUGGGAGUACCCAUGUCAUGCCAUCACCCACAGCAUGGAGGUCAUGACCUUUGACUUCACACAGUGUGUCCCAAAACAGCCCCUCACCAGCCAGGGGGCACUGCCUUUUAUCAGGAGUGGACAUUGCCAUGCAGUGGUCAUGUGGAUGGAGUACCAUUUAACUGAAGACAUAACUGUCAGCGCGGGUUUGACUGCCCCCCUGGGUGCUCAGGGGCAGUGCCAGUGGAGCCGACACCAGAAGCAGGCCGUGUUCUUCUUUAGCUCUCCCAGGGACACUCCAGCAGAGGGCAUUGCUCAUCUGUCCUACUCAUACACCUUUGAGCCCAGUCUAGGAGACAUCCAGGUGGACUUCAACAUUCUACCUGCCCAAUAGCAAAAUUGCUUUAUUGUAUAUGCUUUUUUUGUACAAUGGGCUUUAGACAGGACAGCAAGUACACAAGAUUGUAUGACUUCAAUCUGUA